CAUGCGCUGUGGCCGCCACCUUCGCCGCCGCGCCAUUUUGCCAGGGUUUGAAUGUGAGGCGGAGCAGCGGCUGGAGUGGGUAGUGUCGGCUGCGGCUCUCGCUUGGGACUCCCUCCUCGGUCUCGGCGUCCCCACGAGAUUCAGUCAUGGAGCUCAGCGAUGCAAAUUUGCAGACACUAACAGAGUAUUUAAAGAAAACCCUGGAUCCUGAUCCUGCCAUUAGACGUCCAGCUGAGAAAUUUCUCGAAUCUGUAGAAGGGAAUCAGAAUUACCCACUGUUGCUUUUAACAUUACUGGAAAAGUCACAGGAUAAUGUCAUUAAAGUAUGUGCUUCAGUAACCUUCAAGAACUAUAUAAAAAGGAAUUGGAGAAUUGUUGAAGAUGAACCAAACAAAAUUUGCGAAGGUGACCGAGUAGCCAUCAAAGCCAACAUCGUGCACCUGAUGCUGAGCAGCCCCGAGCAGAUUCAGAAGCAGUUGAGUGAUGCUAUUAGCAUUAUUGGCAGAGAAGAUUUCCCUCAGAAAUGGCCUGACUUGUUGACAGAAAUGGUGAAUCGCUUUCAGAGUGGAGAUUUCCAUGUCAUUAAUGGAGUUCUUCGUACAGCACACUCACUGUUUAAAAGAUACCGCCAUGAGUUCAAGUCAAAUGAGUUAUGGACUGAAAUUAAACUUGUCUUGGAUGCCUUUGCUUUGCCUUUGACUAAUCUAUUUAAGGCCACCAUUGAACUGUGCAGUACCCAUGCCAAUGACGCCUCUGCCCUGAGGAUUCUUUUUUCUUCCUUGAUCUUGAUCUCAAAAUUGUUCUACAGUUUAAACUUUCAGGAUCUUCCUGAAUUCUUUGAAGAUAAUAUGGAAACUUGGAUGAACAAUUUUCAUACCCUCUUGACACUGGAUAAUAAGCUCCUACAGACUGAUGAUGAAGAGGAAGCAGGCUUACUGGAGCUUUUAAAAUCUCAGAUCUGUGAUAAUGCCGCGCUCUAUGCACAGAAAUAUGACGAAGAGUUCCAGCGGUACCUCCCCCGCUUUGUCACAGCUAUCUGGAAUUUACUAGUUACAACAGGGCGAGAGGUUAAAUAUGACUUGUUGGUAAGUAAUGCAAUUCAAUUUCUGGCUUCAGUUUGCGAAAGACCACAUUAUAAGAAUCUUUUUGAGGACCAGAACACGCUGACAAGUAUCUGUGAAAAAGUUAUUGUGCCUAACAUGGAAUUUAGAGCUGCCGAUGAAGAAGCCUUUGAAGAUAAUUCUGAGGAGUACAUAAGGAGAGAUUUGGAAGGCUCUGAUAUUGAUACUAGACGCAGGGCUGCUUGUGAUCUUGUACGAGGAUUAUGCAAAUUUUUUGAAGGUCCUGUGACAGGAAUCUUCUCUGGUUAUGUUAAUUCCAUGCUCCAGGAAUAUGCAAAAAAUCCUUCUGUCAACUGGAAACACAAAGACGCAGCUAUUUACCUUGUUACAUCUUUGGCAUCGAAAGCCCAAACACAGAAGCAUGGAAUCACGCAAGCCAAUGAACUUGUAAACCUAACUGAAUUUUUUGUGAAUCACAUACUUCCUGAUUUAAAAUCAAAUAAUGUGAAUGAGUUUCCUGUGCUUAAAGCUGAUGGUAUCAAAUAUAUUAUGAUUUUUAGGAAUCAAGUACCAAAAGAGCACCUUCUAGUCUCUAUUCCUCUCUUGAUUAGUCACCUGGAGGCCGAGAGCAUUGUUGUCCACACUUACGCCGCACAUGCUCUGGAAAGGCUGUUCACCAUGAGAGGGCCAAACAACAGCACUCUUUUUACAGCUGCAGAAAUCGCACCGUUUGUUGAGAUUCUGCUAACAAACCUUUUCAAAGCUCUCACACUUCCUGGCUCUUCAGAAAAUGAAUAUAUUAUGAAAGCUAUCAUGAGAAGUUUCUCCCUCCUGCAAGAAGCCAUCAUCCCCUAUAUCCCUACUCUGAUCACUCAGCUCACACAGAAGCUGUUGGCUGUUAGUAAGAAUCCCAGCAAGCCUCAUUUCAACCACUACAUGUUUGAAGCAAUAUGCUUGUCUAUCAGAAUAACCUGCAAAGCCAACCCUGCUGCUGUUGUGAAUUUUGAGGAGGCUCUGUUUCUAGUGUUCACUGAGAUCUUACAAAAUGAUGUACAAGAGUUUAUCCCAUACGUCUUUCAAGUGAUGUCUUUACUUCUGGAAACUCAUAAAAAUGAUAUCCCAUCUUCCUAUAUGGCCUUGUUUCCCCACCUCCUUCAGCCAGUUCUCUGGGAACGAACAGGGAACAUCCCUGCUCUCGUGAGGCUGCUCCAGGCAUUCUUAGAGCGGGGCUCAAGCACAAUAGCGACCGCUGCGGCCGACAAGAUUCCGGGACUGCUGGGCGUCUUCCAGAAGCUGAUUGCAUCCAAGGCGAACGAUCACCAAGGGUUCUAUCUCCUCAACAGUAUAAUAGAGCACAUGCCUCCUGAGUCAGUUGACCAGUACAGGAAGCAGAUCUUCAUUCUACUAUUCCAGAGACUGCAAAACUCCAAGACCACCAAGUUUAUCAAGAGUUUCUUAGUAUUUAUUAACUUAUAUUGCAUUAAGUAUGGGGCACUAGCAUUACAAGAAAUAUUUGAUGGCAUACAACCAAAAAUGUUUGGAAUGGUUUUGGAAAAAAUCAUUAUUCCAGAGAUUCAAAAGGUAUCUGGAAAUGUGGAGAAAAAAAUCUGUGCAGUUGGCAUAACCAAAUUACUCACAGAGUGUCCACCAAUGAUGGACACAGAGUACACUAAGCUGUGGACUCCUUUGUUACAAUCCCUCAUUGGCCUGUUUGAGUUGCCUGAAGAUGACAGCAUUCCUGAUGAAGAGCAUUUUAUUGACAUAGAAGACACACCAGGAUAUCAGACUGCCUUCUCACAGCUGGCAUUUGCUGGUAAAAAGGAACAUGACCCUGUGGGUCAGAUGGUGAACAACCCCAAAAUCCAUCUGGCACAGUCACUUCACAAACUCUCUACUGCUUGUCCGGGAAGGGUUCCUUCCAUGGUGAGCACCAGUCUCAAUGCAGAAGCCUUGCAGUAUCUCCAAGGUUACCUGCAGGCAGCCAGUGUGACCCUGUUGUGAACUCUUCCUGACCCAUGCAAGGGCUGAGGAUGGUUCUUAGGAACCAUGUGGACUUCUGAGCACAGCCCUGCUGAAGCAUCACAGGUUUCCAACAUCUUGAGCUUGUCAGAAACUCUUACAAAGGACAGUAAAUAUUGCUGUAAGCCAAUGAGAUUGUGUGUCUUGAUCAUCACUAUUACUGAUAACUUGUCUGGUUCGUCCUCAGUGGGACAAGUAUUUACAGUCCCGUGUGUGGCCAUGGGCUCUGGGGAACAUUUGCACGGUUUGGGUUACUUCAAAUUUUUGGCAGACCUUGACUGUGGAGACUUAAUUUCUAUUGUUUUGUUCUGAAGCUUGUAUUUCUCUUGUCCUUUGUGUUUUUGUCUGUUUCUUUAAACUUUUAUUGGAAAUAUGAAAAAGUAAAAAGAUCUUGGUGACUUGCAGUGCA